CGCCCUGCGCUGUGGCCAUCAGUGCCCGAUGCAGCCGCCCCCGGACGAAGCCCGCAGGGACCCGGCGGAGGACACCCAGUGGUCCAGGCCCGAGUGCCAGGCAUGGACGGGGACGCUGCUGCUGGGCACGUGCCUGCUGUACUGUGCCCGUGUCUCCAUGCCCGUCUGCACCGUCUCCAUGAGCCAGGACUUCGGCUGGAACAAGAAGGAAGCUGGCAUCGUGCUCAGCAGCUUCUUCUGGGGCUACUGCCUGACUCAGAUCGUGGGCGGCCACCUGGGGGACCGCGUCGGGGGUGAGAAGGUCAUCCUGCUGUCAGCCUCUGCCUGGGGCCUCAUCACUGCCGCCACCCCGCUGCUCGCGCACCUGGGCAGCGCCCACCUGGUCUUCAUGACCUUCUCGCGCAUCCUCACGGGCUUGCUCCAAGGGGUGUACUUCCCUGCGCUGACCAGCCUGCUGUCCCAGAAGGUCCGGGAGAGCGAGCGAGCCUUCACCUACAGCACCGUGGGGGCCGGCUCCCAGUUCGGGACGCUGGUGACAGGGGCGGUGGGCUCCUUGCUCCUGGACUGGUACGGCUGGCAGAGCGUCUUCUACCUCUCGGGUGGCCUCACCCUGCUGUGGGUGUGUUACGUGUACAGGUACCUGCUGAGCGAACAAGGUAACUGUGGCCAGAUCUCUUCCUGGCCUUGGGCAUUCUGGCGCAAGGCCUGCCGAUGGCCAAGAAACCCAGGGUGCCCUGGAGACAGCUCUUCCGGAAGCCUUCUGUCUGGGCGGCCAUCUUCUCUCAGCUCUCAGCGGCCUGCUCCUUCUUCAUCCUGCUGUCCUGGCUGCCGACCUUCUUCAAGGAGACUUUCCCCAGCUCCAAGGUUACAGAACCAUCGCCGUGCGGAAGUUCAUGCAGGUGAUGGGACUGGGCCUGUCCAGCGUUUUCGCCCUGUGUUUGGGUCACACCUCGAGCUUUUGCAAGUCCGUAUUCUUUGCGUCAGCCUCCAUCGGCCUGCAGACCUUCAACCACAGGUGAGGGCGCCGCCCCCUGCCCACCAGCGCCGCCCGUCUGCCCUCGGGGACCUCCGGCACCACCCGUCCUGGGCGCUCGGGAGCAGCCAUCUGGCUCAGGGCCAUGUGGAGGGCGGCACGUGGCAGAUCUCCACGUGUGAGCCACGGAGGCAGAGGGCUGUCUGGCUGUCAGCCGGCCUGGACCUGGGCCAUCUGGAGGAACGAAUGCCGUGCGGAGGGGGCUGGGCGAGGAAGCCCCAGUCUCCAGGCUGCUGCUUGUGCCUCUACUGUGAGGGGCCAGCUCCUGUCCUCGGCCCCCGCCCUCCCCAGUGCCCAGCGUCAACCCCGCCUAAUCAGAGGAACUUCCUGCGGAGUUGUUUUGGGAACUGGCCAUUAAAGGUCAUUUUUCAAAUUCGUGGACAGCAAAGGAGUGUGCAUUUGAGCAAGCUUGCCUUCCUGUUUGUGCAUCCGGGGGCUGGGUCCCUGCUCUGUGUCACUACUGAGACGGGAGAGCCAGGGUGGGGAGACUCAGAUGGCCCAGGGAUGGCCGAGCACCUUGGCCUGGCCGAGCGAGCACCUCGGCUGGGCUGGGUCCCGGGCACCCCGUCAUGGCUGAGCACCCUGGCAUGACCUGGUACCCCAGCAUGGCUGAGCACCUCGGCUGGGCUGGGUCCCAAGCACCCUGGCAUGGCUGAGCACCCUUGCAUGGUCUGGUACCCCGGCAUGGCUGAGCACCCCAGCUUGACAGGGUCCCGAGCACCCCAGCAUGGCUGAGUAUCCCAGCAUG